AUGAAUCCAGGCGAAAACCAAGAACCUCAUCAAACACAACCGGAGCCACCCCAACAAAAUCGCAUUUUUCCCCUGAAAUUGAAUCCUCUGUAUCUGCUGUCCAUCUUGGUGCUAGUUUUAGGAAUUUCAUUCAGCAUUCCAACCACAAACUGGUACAAAUCACACCACCUCAAAUCAACCCUCUCAUCCCAGUCCGAUUUCUUUCACAACGUUCUAAGAUUCCUACACCCAGUUGGAAACAAAAAUGUGGCAAAACCCUCGGCCAUUGUUCCCACUUCCCCUUAUUGUGUUCUAUGGAUGGCGCCGUUCCUUACAGGCGGUGGGUACUGCUCAGAAGCUUGGUCGUACAUCUUAGCCUUACAGGAUUACUUGAAACGGAAGAACCCUAGAUUUAGAUUGAGCAUCGAGCACCAUGGUGAUCUUGAAAGCCUCGAGUUUUGGGAGGGUUUACCGGUGGAAAUGAGGAACUUGGCUAUUGAGCUUUACCAAACUGAAUGCAGAUUGAAUGAGACUAUUGUGGUAUGCCACAGUGAGCCUGGUGCUUGGUACCCUCCCCUGUUUCAAACCCUUCCUUGUCCUCCUACCGGUUAUGGUCGUUUUAAGGUUGUUGUUGGGAGGACAAUGUUUGAGACUGAUAGGGUGAAUGCUGAACACGUUAAGCGUUGUAAUAAGAUGGAUUAUGUCUGGGUUCCUACUGAAUUCCAUAACAAAAGUUUUGUUCAGAGUGGGGUUGAUCCAUUGAAGGUGGUCAAGAUUGUUCAGCCUGUUGAUUCUGAGUUCUUUGAUUCUAGAAAGUAUAAGCCUUUGGACCUUGCUUCAAUAGGGAAAUUGGUGCUAGGUUCUCGGACUUGGAAAGCAAAUUCGGAAAGAGAAUUUGUGUUCUUAAGUAUGUUCAAGUGGGAGUAUAGGAAAGGCUGGGAUGUGUUGUUAAGAUCUUAUCUGAAGGAGUUUUCUGCAGCUGAUGGUGUUGCUUUGUAUAUGUUAACUAAUCCAUUCCAUUCUGAUAGAGAUUUUGGUAACAAAAUAGUUGAAUAUGUAGAGGAUUCUGACUUGGAAAAACCAGUGAACGGUUGGGCUCCGGUUUAUGUUGUUGAUGAUCAUAUACCUCAGGUUGAUCUGCCAAGACUUUACAAUGCGGCUAACGCUUUCGUCCUGCCAUCGAGAGGAGAAGGAUGGGGUAGGCCUAUUGUGGAGGCUAUGGCUAUGGCAUUGCCGGUGAUUGCUACAAACUGGUCAGGACCAACUGAGUACUUGACUCUGGAGAAUAGCUACCCUUUAGAUGUAGAUAGGAUGAGUGAAGUGAAGGACGGACCGUUUAAAGGCCAUUUAUGGGCUGAGCCUUCUGUUCAGAAACUGCAGAAUCUGAUGAGGCAUGUGAUGACCAAUGUUGAUGAAGCUAAAGCUAAAGGUAGGCAAGCGAGAAAAGACAUGAUCGCUAACUUUGCUCCUGAGAUUGUCGCCGAGAUUGUUGCUGAAAAUGUACAACAAAUCAUCAAUAACGUUGCUUAG